UUGCAUAUAGCUCUUUCAUCCUAAUCCUCUAUAUCUUCAUUCUUCACUUCAAACUGUCUUCGAGUUUUUCAUUCAUUGCACCAUCUCCAAGGAAAAAUAGCUGCAUCAGUUUAUCAGUCAUCGCCAUGAAAGUCCUGCUUAAUCUAGAACCUUCUUCUCUCUUUCCCACGCGCUCGAUUUUUGCCGAUAGAUCCCGAAGCUCCACUCGCUUACCGGUUCUGCUGCUCCCCAAGCUCUGUCGCCGCCGAUGGAUCGUGCGGAGGUUGUCUUCGCCGGCGAGAGCGGUGCUGGAUUCCGCCCCAGUCGAGCAGUUCGAGAUCCCUGAGUUCGAUUUUCGGAACCCGGCUCUAUCUUCCUCGUACCGUGAUCCAGCAAUGCCGAAGCCGAACCAAACGGUGUUGGAAGCCCAGGCUAGGGUUUGCACUGGACCCACGCAGACUCGCCCACUCGACGAGGAACAAGCUUUCAGGGUCUUUGAUACAAUUCUGAGAUCAGCUAGGGGAGAGCUGAAAGACGAAGACGAAGUUUCAAAAGCUCAACUUGGAGCAUUUUUUGCGGGGAUGACAAUCCGUGCGAAUGCAUUUCCAGAAGCGACGCAAUGGAGCGAGGGGGAAACACGUGCUAUGAAGACUUUCUGGCCACUUCUAGUCAGGGCACUUCCUUCUGACGUGAUAUUUGUGGCGGACCCUGAAGGAUCGAUGAUGGGGUUGGGUAGCUCAAUCGGGCCACAAUAUGUUGGUAAUGGCACCAGUGAGAUGAGAUUGGUUGGUGCUCUUAGGGAAGUGCUGGCUGGAGGCCAUCUUGGGUUUGAGGAAGUCCAAGGUGUGUUGAAGGAAGUUCUACCCUUCCAAGAGGGAGAUGGAAAACCACCACAAGGAGUAAGUGAGGCAUUGCUUUCCGCAUUUCUAAUAGGUCAACGCAUGAACAGGGAAACUGACCGUGAACUAAAAGCAUACUGCCUUGCAUUUGAUGAUGAAUAUGGCCCUGCUCCUAUUGCUGAUGUCAGAUCCCUGACUCAUUAUGGUGAGCCUUAUGAUGGAAAUACACGCUUCUUCAGGAGCACGCUAUUUGUUGCUGCAGUUAGAUCCUGCUAUGGAGAAUCUUGUCUACUUCAUGGUGUAGACUGGAUGUCACCCAAGGGGGGUGUAACUGAAGAGCAGAUGUUGAAGUAUAUGGGGGCAAAUAUAAGUUUAUCCCCUUCAAAGGCAAAGAAACUUCUUGAGGAUGAUGAAGUUGGUUUUGCUUAUGUAAGUCAGCGUGAUGCUCGUCCAUCUCUCUACUCUCUAGUUAGGAUAAGGGAGCACAUAAAGAAACGUCCUCCACUUGCAACGACUGAAAAGGUUCAACAAUAUGUAAAGGCCAGUGGUAAGGAAGCUAUGGUUGCUGGAUUUUACCAUGAAGGUUAUGAAGAGCCAUUGUUAAUGCUCAUGAAAAGAAGGGGUAUACAUUCUGGUUUAGUUGUGAAGGGAGAGGAAGGAGCUCUUUCAAUGACUACAAGAUUGAGAUCAGUUAAUGCAAGCAAGGGACUUCCUGUGAACUACUGUUCAGGGUUCCGUUCACUUAACAUUCCAUCCACUUCUGAACCUGGUGGAGUGACACGUCAAGGUUUUCAUCUUGAGAUUAAUGCUAAGGACUAUGGUUUCCAACCUACAGACACACCAAGAACUGAUAGAUCAGUCUCAAAGAACAUUGAAUUGGGCUUAGAAGCUCUUCGUGGAGAAAAGGGACCAGCGUAUGAUCGAAUUGUUCUGAAUGCUGGCAUGGUGGAUCACCUGCUUGGAGCUGAUGGUGCAGAAGACGUGUCUGUUUCCCUGGAUAGAGCUAGAGAGGCCAUUGACAGUGGCAAUGCUUUGAAACGGCUCCUAAAUUAUAUCAAGAUCUCUCACAAAGUGGAUUGAAUUAGUCUCAAGUGGUUGAACAUUGCCUAUAUAACCUUUCUGUACAAUUGGUGAAUAAACGAAGGUUACCCUUUACCGUUCCCGAUCCAAAAAGGAGGUAGAAAACAGAACUAAAGAUAAACCAAAGGGUUGAUUAUUUUUGCACAUGCUUUUGAGGUUUAGGUUAUCUUCAUACAAUUGUACAAGAUUGUCCAUUAUACUAACGAAACACCGAUAGAUGCCUUGGUCAAUUGUCAACAUUUUUCAGCAGUCUUAGUCUAGAUACUGGAAGUGAACAUAGAUACUGGAAGUAAACAUAGGUAAUUCCAUUCGCGUUGCCGAGAGAUUUUGAAACUUUACUCACACACUGUCUUGGAUCGUAUUUAUAGUUUAUUCAUUUUAUUGUAUACUUUCGUAUUGUCAAUUUGACCUACAUUUUUAGCAUAGCGUAUGAUUUUGACUCUACUAUUUAGUC